AUGGAAGACAGCUUUAAGAAGAAAGGUACACGAUCUAAAUUAUUUAUAAGAAGAGAGUUGUCCGAUAUGAAAUUCGACGAACGGAAACGUUUAAUGGAACAUUUUAUUGACAUGGAAAAGCUAUUUGCACAGCUUAGGGAUGCUGGCAGUGAGCUCUCGGAGGAAGAAAAGGUUAACUAUUUACUCCUAUCCAUGCCGAAAUCUUAUGAAGGCAUUAUCACGGCUUUGGAAACUGUGGAGGAAUUGAAAAUGGACUUCGUGAAAAACAGACUGCUUGGGGAAGAGGAAAAACGGAACAGAGGAGCGACCAAAUCCCUUGAUUCUUCAAUCUUCUUGUGUUAUGGAUGUGGACGCCCCGGACACAAAAAAUCCCAGUGUAGGAGCACUCAGCAGGCACGACACAGGACUGGCGACUGGAGACUUCACGGCCGUAGACGUAGCGACUGA